AUGCCUUCGCACGCUUCAUUAGAUAUAGUUAUAGUUGGUGCCGGACCCUCCGGGAACACUGCUGCAGCAGCGUUAGCCUCCGGUGGUCACAAUGUUACCGUUCUUGAACGCCAUCCGCAUCUCCAGACACGAGGAGGAAACAUAAUUAUUCAGCCAGCAGCAGUCCAAUGUCUUGACCAUCUUGGUCUUACAAAAGCUUUGGACGAUAUUUCUGUCGAUACAACGAAUCAUUACCUAUGGAGAUGGAGGGAUGUCAAGCCAUUUACGGAAACAAAGGCUGUUCCGGACGGUGCGAUUCGGAAACCUGCCGAUAGACCAGCAUUACAGCGAAUCACAUAUGAAGCUGCUGUUGCCGCGGGAGCCGAAUACCUUUUCAGCAAGGCUGUUGUCCAGAUCCUUGACCAAAAAGGCAUUCGACUCCUAGUCAAAGCGGCAGACAACAGCGAGUAUUCAGCGGACUUGGUUAUCGGCGCAGAUGGCGUUAAAUCGGUCGUCCGUAAGCUCAUGUUUCCUGACCAGGAUAUGAGAGCGGUCGUAACGCCUGAAUGUAUCUUCCAGACAGAGGUGAAACUCCGCAAUGUUCUACUCGACACAGUUGCCGCGCCUCUCGGUAUUCCCUCCCAUCAUCUAAUUUUCGGUCCUGGGCGUUACUGCGUUGGGCGGCCAACUCGCCAUGGCACAAUGCGUCUGCUGCUUUGCGAUUUUCGAUACGGCGACUCGUCUACUGAUGAAGACCUUGUUGACGGAACGUGGAACUCUGAUGGGGACCCAGCAGAGGUCCGCAAGAUUUUUGAAGAUUUCGGAGCCCCCCUGCGUGCCUACAUCGAGUGCGUGGUGCGCGGUGGAUACCCAAUAGACAAGUGGCGUGUUGCAACAGCGCCUAAAAUGGAAUCCUGGCUGGGAUUUGGGGGACGUUGCGCUCUCAUAGGAGAUGCUGCUCAUGCCAUGGUGCCGCAUACUGCUAUGGGGGCGAGCCAGGGUAUUGAGGAUGGGUUGGCGAUGAGCACAGCUCUUCGCGGAAUAAUUACCCGAGAGGAUCUGCCCUUAAUCCUGAAGAAAUGGGAAUCGCUGCGCAAACCACGUGCCGAGAAAAUGUUUGAACUCGGUAAACAGAACGUUGCGAUGUUCUCCCUCCCGGAUGGGCUGGAACAGGAAAUCAGAGACGCGAAGCUUUCAACGGACGGUCUUACUGGGCAUGCCACAAAUUGGGAUGACGUGGUGAUGGACGAAGAUGCAACUCACAGGUCACCUGAAUUCACAAAGUGGGCAAUGUGUUAUGAUGUAGUUGCUGAGGUGAGUUGA